CACACCUCUCUUGCCUCUCCCACGCCCACGCCACCCCACCGCACGAAGAGAGCGAGCGCACGAACGGGGGAGACAUGGCCCACUCGCCGUCAGGAUCGCACGUAGCGGCGACGUCGGUCGGGAACGAGGCCUUCACCGACGCGGUGGCUGAGGACGGCGGAGACUCCAAGCUCUCCGCGCUCCUCUUCGCGAUUGUUCGGCCUAGAUUGGUGGUUGCUGAUGCAGAAUUUCCAAGUUCGUGCUUCCUUCGAGGAAUAUUUGAUGCUGGUGUGCGGGGAUUGAGUCCCCCGCUGGUGUCCGUUGCCUGGUUUCAGUGUGUGCUCAGAAUCGCGACCAAUUUGGUCCACAUCCAUCCGAUUCUUCUCGACGUGUCGCAGCAGGUGCAGGACGGUCUCCAGAGCAUGCUCAAGACGAGCAGCGAGAUCGCGCGGUGCGACGGCGAGAUCGACGCGGAGCUGGAGCGCGCGAGGGAUGCCGUGGCGGAGAAUGCCCGAGCGCUGCACGACGAACGGGAGAGAGUCCAGAAGGCCGCCCUCGCCGCGCUCGACAUCCUCAGCGGCGGCCGUUGCGUCAUCUGAAGGGAUGCCCGCCGCAUGCCGGCGCCACCGACAGUCUGCCCCCGACCUCAGAUCACGCUCGAUUCUCGCAAGAUUCCUGCUCCAUUUGUGAAUGUCACCGUCGGUGUUACCCUUUUGCAGUAGUAGUAAUAUUCGCACUGAUGCUGGCAUUACUAGUAACUUGUUGCCUGUUGAACUGCAAUAAUAGAGUUUAGAAUUUGAGAUGUGCACGAUAUGAUCGAUGGAGAUUGGUCUGGACUAGUGCAGAAAUGACCCAUAAAUGGUGACGUUGAGGGUGUUUAAGGAACUAAAACUGUUGAUUAAGGGUCUGUUUGAUUAUAGAAGCUAAAGUAAAAGUGGCUAAAGCUUAGUUAGGGUUUGUUUGACA